AUGCGGCUUCAUCGAUAUCCAAAACUUUAUGACCAACAUUAUAAACGUCUUCUUCUAAAAUGUCACAUCACCGGCCAAAAUUUUAGGGAUGAUCGAUUUCCUCCUAACGAUUCAUCUAUUUGGCGCGUCAAUAAACCUAACAUACAAGGAACAAUUGAAUGGAAACGUGUUAAGGAUAUAUGUCCAAAACCUCAUUUAUUCGUCUAUGAAAAUGGUCAAGCACAGCCGCAAGUUGUACAGGGCAUUGUAGGAAAUUGUUGGCUUGUUUCAACAUUGACUGUUUUAGCCUCACACCCGAAACUCUUAAAGAAAGUGAUUCCACGUUGGAAAUUACAAGACUGGGUUCAUUCUUCUGAUCCUGGAUUCGUCAACACAUGUCAAUAUUUUAACGAUAAUGAGCAUCAUCCAGGAAUAUUUCGAUUCCGUUUUUACCAUUUUGGUCAAUGGAUUGAAGUGGUGAUAGACGACUACCUACCAACCAUAAAUGGACAAUUAAUCUUCGCACAUGGCCGAAAUCCAAAUGAAAUUUGGUGUUCUUUGCUUGAAAAAGCAUAUGCAAAACUAUGCGGAUGCUACGAAGCACUAGAUUCAGGUUCAGUAGCUGACGCAUUAGUUGAUUUAACGGGUUUUGUGCCAGAAACAUUCGAAUUCAAAAAGGACGAAAAAGGACUAAUAAAUAACAUGAAUAAAGAGCAAUUGAUGAAAUUUUUACAAAAUGCUCAUAAUAACGAUGCGUUGAUGAGUUGUUCUAUUUAUGUUGAAGAUAGUUUGGUAGGGAACGGAUUAAUUCCUGGGCAUGCAUACGGGAUAACGCGAAUGCAAACAAUCAAAUGUAAAUCGAACGGAAAAGAUAGUUUAUUUCUUCUGCAACUUCAUAAUCCAUGGGGUUCAGGAGAAUGGAAUGGCGCAUGGUCUGACACGUCUCCUAAAUGGAAAACUUUAGCACCGACUGAACGUAAAAAAAUCAAUUUGAAAGUAGAAGAUGAUGGAUAUUUUUGGAUGUCAUUUAACGACUUUAUCGAUAACUUUUCAAAUAUUACAAUAUCUCGUCAAUGUUCAAGAUGGCACAAUCAAAUGUUUCGUGGUUCUUGGUCUGUCAAAAAUAACACGGCGGAUACACGAAAUCGUCACCCUGAAGUUCAAGGAAAUCUCACAAUUGGUUUUGUGUGUCUAAAAGUCGAAGAAAAUCGAGUCUAUCGAAUUCAUAAACCAACAUAUGAUCUUGUAAGUUUCGUCACUUAUCUCGAUGCACGGGAGAUUACUUCAACGCUAAAUUUAAAAGAAGGACGAUAUAUUUUGAUUCCAUCAACUUAUGACGCUGGUGAAGAAUCAAAAUUUUUAUUGCGAUUGUUUAGCGACAGAUAUUUGAAUGUGAAGUUACUUGAGGAGGAUGCACCUAAACAAAAAUUCUACCACUCUUUAAUCUAUCCAGAAAAUAAGGAAUUCGUCGGAAUGUCACGUAUAAAAAUUAUGGAUAUUCGCCUAACACGAGACAUAAAACACGGACACUUUGAAGCUUUAUUUUCGGAUUUUGUAUUCUACGUACGAGAUCCUUCGAAUGCUAAAGUACAUUUACGCUUAUUUGAAAACGUUAAAGGAAAAAAACAAUGUUUAGGUGAAGUAGAAAUUAAAAUUCAGACUUUUUCUGCAGACGAAAGGGAGGGUAAAAUAUUUGAAGAAUGUAAGCCAUUUGUUAAAUUGAUUCAUGGAGGAAAUCGAGAUAAAAAAAAGACUAGCAGUAAAAAUAGGGUAUAUGCGGAUAUUGGAAUGAUAACAGUGCGAGUUAACUACUCGCUAACUUUCUAA